UUUGAAUACUCUUUCAAUUUCUUCUCCUUUAAAACAAUUCAAGGAGAAUGUCAUCGUGCAUGAUUAUACGUGGCGCAUAUGACAGUAGAAUGGAUAUCGUCUAAGAGAAUGCGGAUAAUCGCAGAUAGAUUUCUGAGACUGCAAAGUGUAAUUGUGGUAUAUGCUUUAUUUGCAAAAAGGUGACCAUCUAUUAUACUAGAAUUAUGGAGAUAAUGAAUACCGAAAACACUGGCGAGUUGCAUGCAUCACUAUCUAUAAAGCACCACGACAGUCUCCUGUCAAUCUCAUGUAACUGGCAGAUCAGCAAUAAUAAGCAAUUUGUUGAUGCCGUCACCAUUACGCCAAUGCAGUACUCAUCUGCAAGAAUAAACUGCGAAGACGUAGCUUCUGUGGAUACUUGUAUUGCUUUACAACCAAUGGGUUCUAAUACAGAACCAUGUAUGCUGAAUAUUAAAGUAUCAAAUUGUCAGAAGAUAGCACGCAUUGCUAUUAUUUCUGAAGGUAACGUCCUAGAAAUCUUCAAACAAUUUGGAGAAUAUGAAACAACGAUACACGCGGAGUUUAUAGAUGAAUACGAGGAAAAUAUAGUAUUCCUUGGUGAAACUAUAAUACAUCCUCCUACUACGGAAAUUAGUAUUAAGUUUAUUAGAACAAAAAAUAAAGGCCCUCUUAUGUGGAUAUAUGGUAUAAGACUGUUUUUGACAGACUCUAUAAAAGAGGCAAAAUCUAGUGCCUUUGACAAUAUCAUACAGACUUUUCUCAAUAACGCUAGCAAUGGCAAAAUGAGUCAAGAGUCUGAGAUGGCAAAGAGAGUAUUUGACGGUAAACAGGAAAGUAUGAGGAAAUAUAGAGAGAAACUUUUGGAAACAUUUGCAGGCUCAAAAUAUGACGAGUAUAUAAAUAAAAUUGAAAGGAGCAAUAAUAAAAAACAAUUUUCAAAUUGUGGGGAUAAUUAUGAGCAGUCAAAUGCUACCGAAUGUAAAAAUAGAAUUGAAAGAAGAAAUAGUAAAACGGAAUAUCCAAAUUGUGGAGAGAAUUAUGAAAGAUCAGAUAUUAAAACUUGCAUUGAUAAUAAGACAGAGUCUAUAAAAGAGACAAAAUCCGGUAUUGUCAAUGAUAAAGAUUUUAUCCAAACAUUUCUCAGUAAUAUAUUUCUUGGUAAAAUAAGUCAACAAUUUAAUAUAACAAGAAUGUUUGAAUUUUACGAUAACCGCGAUAAUAAUAAAAUUACGAAUAACGAGCAGUUCAAACAGAAAAUUUUGGAAACUCUUACAUCAGACUCGGAUCAUUUCAAAUGGAAAAAUGAAAUUUCAAAAAGAGAUAAUAAAAAAGAAUGUCGGAAUUGCGAGGCUGAUCAUGAACAAUUGAAUUCUUUUGAAUGUAAAAACGGAAAUAUAAGAAGAAGUAGCGAUGAAAAUUGUACAAACCGAGAAGAUAAUAAGAAAUCCGAUAUAGAUAUUAGAAUCUAUAUCGACAAUAAAUUCCAUGAUAUAGAAAAGAGAUUGAUGGAAAGAAUAAAAGAGAUGGAAGCGAGUACCAAUCAGAAACUAGAUGCUAUUUUGGAAAGACUUGAAUCACGGCUGAAUGUACAGUAAAUGUAUUUUUUAGUUAUUAAUUUCUUAUUUUAAGAGUAAUAUAUUCUUUAUUAUAAUAUAGG